UAAUAGAUGGCAAAAUAGUCGGAGUUGAUUUUCAAUUGUUCAAAUCCCUCUUGUUUGAAGAUGGGUUAAGAUGUCAAUUUACAUUAAAGAAUUAAAUAAACAAGAGCGAAAAUUACAAAAUGAAAGAAAUAUUUUGGUAGAACAACUUAAACUUAUGAAUGAACAACUUAAUAAUUUACAAGUAGAAAGAAUGCAAUUAUUACAAAACUCAAAUAAGAAUAAAAAAGUUCCACAAAAGUCGAAGGUGGCCCUCAUUAAAUCUGAUAAUGAUAUCAAUAUGGAUAAUGAAUCUGAAAUAAAUAACAUACCAGUUUCUUUGAAUGCUUCUGCUGUUUUAAAUGACAUGCUACAUGGCCAAUUUACUGACUACAAGAAUGAAGAUAUGGAAAGAGAAGACGACUAAAGUCCUAAUAUAUUUUAUUAAUUAUUUUUUAAAACAUAAAUCGAUUUACUAAACGUGACGCACUCUACUGUUCCUAUGCCAAAAAAAAAAUGAAUUCGAGAUGAAAUUCAACUAAUCAAUA